AUGACUGAGGAGAAGCUGGAUCGUAUACUGGCAUGUGAGGAUUGGUUGAAUCUGUUUCAAGGAGCGCAGGCACACUCCCUGGUCGUCCCUUAUAGUGAUCAUCUCCCUCUUGUUCUUACACCAGUAACCAUCCCCCGAGUGCGGAGGCAGGCUAGAUUCUAUUUUUAUAAUAUGUGGCUGCGAGAAGAAACGUGCAGGGAAAUUUUUUCUCAGAGUUGGGACAGAACGGUGGGCCUGGACACGUUAGCAAGGGUAGAGGCAUGUGCACCUGACAUCUCGAAGUGGGGGCGGAAUUAUAACAGAGAUUUUCAGCGUAAGAUAGAGCAUAAUAAGGGUCGUUUGGUUUUGUUGAGAGGGAACCGUGAUGAGCCUUGGAUGCGUGAGUAUGAUGCGGUAGAAUGGGAGUUGCUCUUUUUGUUGGAGCAACAACAUUCUUUUUGUAAACAACGUGCCAAAGAAUUUUGGUAUCAAGGCGGGGAUGUUAAUAGCAAGUAUUUUCACAAUUCUGUGAAAGCUAGACGCUGUAGGAACACUAUUAGGAGGCUCCAGGAUGAGAAUGGGAACUGGGUCGAGGAUGAAGAGGGGUUGGACAAUGUUAUGCUGAAUUAUUAUACAGGCCUGUUUACGCCGGAUUAUGGGGAGAUUCAAGAGACACAGGGGCGUGAGGGGGUGGUGGCGUUGAAGCACGACAUGUCUAAGGCCUAUGAUUGGGUGGAAUGGGAGUUCCUUUGGGCAGUAUUGCUUAAGAUGGGUUUUGGUAACCGAUGGGUUGAUAUUCUGCUUGAGACGGUUAGCUCGGUACAGUACCAUAUCCUACAUGACCAGCGGCAUUUGGGACCUAUUAUUCCAGGUAGGGGACUCCGUCAGGGGGACCCGCUAUCCCCAUACUUGUUCCUCUUUGUUGUCGAGGGGUUGACCGCCAUGAUUGAGAGAAGUAUGUCAGCCGGCCGAUUGCAUGGAGUCUCGGUUGCCAGGGGUGCACCUUCUGUCUCUCAUCUACUCUUUGCAGAUGACUCCUUCCUGUUUCUCCGGGCUAAUGUCGGGGAGAGCGUUCAAAUGAGUGCUAAUGUGCCACAUAAUAUACGGAAUGAGGUGGUUGAUAUCCUGGGUGUGGAGGAAGGUGAGACUAGUGGAAAGUACUUGGGUUUGCCAUCCCUUGUGGGUAGGAGGAUGAAAGCCAUUCUGGGGUUUCUGAAGGAUCGUAUACUGACCAAGAUUCGUUCUUGGAAUGCCAAGUUUUUAUCAAGAGCUGGGAGGGAGGUUUUGUUGAAGAAUGUUUUGUAG